CUAUGCUCCCGCCUCCAUUGGCGCGCGGUACGAAUAGGUUCAUUCGAGUCGAGAGGGGGCGGGGGGGGGGGGGGGGGGGGUUGUGGAGAGGGCAUAUUUUGGGGUUAACGUACAGGAAAAAGAAACUGUGCGGGUCAAAUGCCUAGGUUGAGAAGGCGGGAUGUUGAACAACUUGCUGUGGCUGUCAUGGCCAUAGCCGGCAAAAUGGCAGAGGAUGCUUUUCACAUGAUGGACGUUAUCAUGGGCCCUCCCCCAAAACUUCUGCUCUCUGCAAACCACGGUGCUGAUGCUGGUCCGCCAUCAGUGUUGGAAGAUGAAGAUGACGACAGAACAGGCAGGCACAGUCUGUUGUGGUUGUGGCCAGCAAUUGUCGACCUGCUAGACUUGUUCCCUCGUGCCUCGCCUAGAUGGUGGGUAAUGCGUCGGAGUGGAGGUCUAUGGAAGGAUCUCCUUCCUGUUGACGAUGCGCAGAGCGACCAUUACAUAAGCCUUCUCCAAAUGCGACGGUCGACAUUCGAUCGGCUUUUGCGGAGGGUUGGUCCGUCGCUGGAGAAACAAGUGACAAGAUUCCGGCUGCCUCUCCCGGCGGCCAAGAAGCUCGCGUACGCUCUCCACAGGUGGGCUCAUGACGACGCACAUAGGCACAGUUGUUCAGGUUAUGGACUCGGCAAAACCAGUGGCCUGCAUGCUGUGCGAGAGGUUGCGGAGGCGAUCAUCGCAUCUUACCCUCAUGUUAUUGGGUUUGGGGGGCACGAGGAACGUCAUGCCCGCAUGAACGUGUUCGCUCAGGAGGGUUUCCCGAAUUGCUGGGGGUGCAUAGACUGCACUCAUGUGUAUAUGGACAAGCCCCGCGCACGCGACGGCGAUGAUUAUUGUUCUGGCCGAAACAAGCGGUUCUCUGUCGUGGCACAGGUGGUUGUGGACUACGACCUCAAAAUCCUGGACUUCCGUUACGGCUUUCCGGGCACUGUUGGCAAUGCUCGUGUGCUGAAGCACACGUCGUUGUACCGCAGAGCGCUGAAGGGCACACUGUUCUUGGAUGAAGAGGGUGACCCUUUCCGUGCCGAGAGGCCAGUCAUCCCCGGUGUGCCUGGUUGGUACUUGCUUGGGGACGGAGGUUACCCCAGUAUCCCGUGGCUCAUGACACCGUACGGGCAGCAGGGCAAUGUCACGCGAAACAUGCAGGUCUUCGAUUCACUGCACAAGAUUGUCCAAUCAUGUGUAGAGCAUUUUUUUGGGGUUUUUAAAACGCGUUUCCAGUUUUUCUAUCGUCCACAUGUCGCGGACAUCAAAAGAGAAGGGUUGGAGUUCCACGCAUGUUGCAUUCUGCACAAUCUGCUGCAGCCGUGGGGUGAUGUUCCCGAACAGGACAGCGACGACUCUGAUGGUUGUUCUCCACCUGUGCCACCUCCCGAGGUCGAUAGGCAAGGUGACGGUCACCCCCUUGACUGCAUGUUUGGUCGUGAACGCGGGCAGGCCAUGAGAGACGCGUUGUGUGCGGAGGUGGUGCGCUUGUAUGAUCUCCGCUGGCAGUGACGCCAAUCCGACGCCUUCAUCUAGUUGUUCAGUGUACGUCUGUCAUCGGAGAUUGACGUUGGUGUAUUGUCGUGUUUCUCCAUAAACCAAAGUCACGGGCGACCAGUCAUGGCAAAUGGCGAUGGUGAAAGAGGUCUAAUGGAGUUAAAGCUGAAAUGAAAGCACUACAAAAUU